UGCCCUUUGUCGGCUUCCCGGUGUCGUCGUCGUCCUCCUCCUACUCCGCUCCGCCACCUCGGAUUGUCGCCUCCUGUCCACCUCCUCUGCCUCAUUCCUUCCGUUUGUUCUCUUCUCCUUGUCUCUCUCGCUCCGUCCGCCGUACAAAAGGAGCCUUCCAAUGGCCUCCGAGCGAUCGGCAUCUCCAUCAUUUUCUUCGCUUCUCGUGUCGGGACUCCUCGGCGGGUCUUUUCGCUCCCCUGUCCUCCUCGUCCUGGGAAAUUCCGUCGGUGUGCGUACCGAGGGUCGUCGCUAGCUGGCGUUGGAAUUGGCGGAGCGGGCGUGGAUAGAGGCGGAAUGAAGGGAAGGAGAUCCUAGUGAUAGAAGAUUGGAACGUUUCGUCGGGAGAUCACGAUGCUUGCGUUUAAUAAAUGCUUGGCUAUGGGGACUGAUGAGUUUUGUGCUGCUGGCAGCAAAGGCCUCUAGCCCUUGAUUAAGGGCAACGAGCGAAGAUUGACGGUGCUGCUAGCGGCAGAUGUUUGGUGAUGGUGGAGGCGAUUCAAGUUUGUGGCCGUGGUUGCGGAGAUAAUGAACCACGGGGGAGCAAAUUUCUGUUUUUAACACAGAUGGCGUCAUCGUUAGAGGAGCUUCUAGCCAAGGAAGGCUUUAGAGGAAGAGGAAGAAGAUCAAUGACAAGGUCAAGAACUGUCGGUUCAGAUGCCAUCACCGCGCCUGUUUACCCUUUACACGGUCGACACAGUUCGGAUUCUUCAUAUGGAAAUAGAAACAAGACAGAGAGGACUAGGUCCGAUGCAUCAAGAUACAGUUUCAGAGGUAAACUAUCAGGAGGCGAUAGUAUCAAGGCUCCAAGGUCAAGAGAUGGUCCAAUAAUUAGAGAGAGAGUGGAUGGGGGAUCAAGAGAAGAGACUUCUCAGAAAACUGAACAUUCUCCUGAUCUACUGGAGGAUAGAAGAUCUGUUGCCAGUUCUUCAGAUUAUAAGCCAGGAAAAGAGAUUGUUGACAAUGAUUUGGACAGUAGUGACAGGAUAAAGGAUACCUACCUUAAUGAAGUGCGGAGGAUGGACAAGUUUCCUGAUGGGGGUGGCCAAAGCCGACAAUACAGAGAGACCUUAAGAAAGGAAGUGAAGCUGGAUAUGAAGCACGGUAGCAGUUCAAAGAUGCAUCUACCUGGGCGGACUCGGCCCGAAAAUUUCAAUGAAAAGUCUAAUGGAAGCUCAUAUAAUGGUAAAAGCUUCGAGGACAUUCAGAAUCCAAAGCAUUUUCGUGCAACACUCCCUGAGUUUGUACCUGCGCUUGAUGAAGUAGCUGUCCAAGCCACAAUCUCCAUUUUAACUGGAUAUAGCAAGCAUUAUUUAAAGGACAGGGGUUUUCGUGCAACCCUUCACAACAAUUGCUUCUCCUGUCUUGAUUCCAUUGCGCCAGAACAAUAUCCUAAUAAUGAGAACAAGGUCAUUGCCAAUCUAAAGCAAGCAAUUGAUACGGUAGAAAAAGCUGCAGAGGAGUGUGCAACUACAAAGGAUUUGAAAAGAGCUUUGUUGCAGUUCAGCGUUGUUACUGGCUUGAAUUCCAAUGACUUAAAGGAUGGUUUCACUUGUGGGAUCCCAAAUUAUCAUUUGUCAGCUUGUGCUCACCUGUAUUUAAGUGUGAUAUAUAAGCUACAGAAGAAAGAUCGAGCUUCAGCAAAGCAUCUUUUGCAAGUUUUUUCUGAUUCACCUUUCCAAGCUCGGACCACAUUGCUACCUGAACUAUGGGAAAAUCUGUUCUAUCCUCAUCUUUCGCAUUUGAAGCGCUGGCAUAGUCAGGAAGCUGAUUCUCUUGAGGAUAAUUCAAACAAGGAAAGGAGAUUGAAGCUUCUUGACAAAGUCUGUAAUGAAAUUCUUGAUUCAGGUACCUAUCAGUUUGCAGUUUAUUACAAGGAUUGGCUCACGGAAGGCUUUGAAGCUCCAUCUAUUCCCUCCCUCAAUAUUCCUUCAUUAUCCAUUCAGGAGUUCCAGUUUAAUGGUUCACUUGGCCAUUCUGCCGAGCUACAUAAAGUGGUUGGGCCUUUUUAUGCUCAGCCAAUGGUAAGUAGGAAACUGUAUGAAGAUGUAUUCGGCAGCUCAAAUAAACCUAGACUGGAUGAUGCUGAAGCUGAAGUAGACAACUGUCAAAGUUCUGUAAGCUCUGGUAGCUCUAGUAUUGAAGUCAAACAGACAUUAACAUGCUCCUCUGAGACAUUAAAACAUACGGAUCAAUGUACUGUGGAAAGUUACACCCAGAACCCACAAGAUAAAGCACUUGAAGAUGGACUUCCUCUGAUAGUUGGGGAAGGAAGGGGCUCAAGAGAAGUUAGCUCUUCACUAGCAGAAGCCAAUGAUGAUGAAGGCAGCAAUUCUGGCAGAAGCCAAAAAAUUGGGGAUGGUGCUCAACAAAUUCAGUAUUCCUCCACUUAUACAAUCCGAGUGAAGUUUCCCUUAGAAGAUAGUGGAAGUCAAGAAAGCUUUCAAGAACAGUCCUUCUCAAGCAUUUUGAAGCACUUCAUUUGUCCACUUACGGGAAAGUUGUUUGAAGACCCAGUGACCCUGGAGACUGGUCAAACAUAUGAACGAGUGGCAAUCAGCAAAUGGUUUGACCAGGGGAAUAGAACUUGUCCAAUGACCGGAAAAACAUUGGAAUGCUUAAGUUUGCCACUUACAAAUAUCAUCAUAAAGCGUGUAAUUCAUAGUUGGACAUCUGAAUGCUGCAAAGAUCAUGACGCUUUUGCCUUGCAAACAGUGGUCAAAAGCGAAGGGCACAAGGUUGAGCACAAAGAUACUGGAGCUAUCUCUAAGUUGGAGCAACUGCUUAUAACUUCUGAUAAAGCAGCACGAACUGCAAAUGCUGGGCAGCUUAUAUCUCUAGGAGGUCUGGAAUAUCUCAUUCAGAGGUUUGGAUCAGGACCAACAGAAGAGAGAAUGAUUCUUCUUGAACUCAUCUUGUGUUGUAUUGAAGCUGAUGCAAGUUGCAGGAACCAGAUAGCAGAAGGCAUAAGUAGUAAAUUCCUUCUUGAUUUGCUGCACAGCAAGCAGAUCCAAGUGAGAAGAAAUGCAGUGUGCUUGCUGAUUCAAAUUAUUUGUCUGAACAGGAGGAAGGAUGUUGUAUCUUUCUUGGGUAACCUACUCAAUGAAGAGAUGGUCAACGCAAUGCAUGUUCUGCUUUUGUAUCUACAAAGUGCUCCAGAUGUUGAAAAACCUUUGGUUGCCUUACUUCUGCUGCACUUUGAUCUACUGGCUGAACCUCGGAAGUACAGUAUAUACAGAGAAGAGGCUGUAGAUGCAAUUUCCUUGGCUCUUGAUCUGAGCUUAAAUGAUGAAAAUGUUCAAGAAAGUUGCUGCAAAGCACUUUUGAUUUUUGGGGGACACUUCUCAUUUUCUCAAAUGGUUUCUCCAGAGGAUUGGAUUUUAAAGCAAGAAGGAUGCAGUGAAACCUACAAAGCAAUCACUUGUGACAAUGAACAAUAUGGGUUUCUCGCUGACGAUACUUGUUCAUUUGAAAAUGAAGAUUUGGCUCAUCGAGAGUGGCUGAAUAACUUGUUAGGAUCACUUCUGGGCAGUAGAAGGAGAUCAUUUAUAGAUGCUCUCUUGAAAUGUUUGAGAUCAAGGGACUCAAAUAUGGUUCGAGCGUGUCUUAUCACUGUGGCAUGGUUGAGUUCUGCUCUUUCUUCACUAGGCAAUGCUGAACACCAGCUUUCAGUCUUUUCAGCACUUGUGCCUCAGCUGAAAGAGAAACUGGAAAGUGGUGAAAAAGUGGAACACAAGAUUCUUGCUUCAUUUUCUCUUCUCAAUUUCUGCAAAAUUCCAGAAUGCAGGGUCCUACUGUUGACAAUGUCUGAAGAGAUGACAUCUCCUCUUAGGAGCAUUGCUGAUGUUUCAGGGACAGCGAAACAGCUAUAUGCCCUCAUUUGUGGGGAUGAUAUUUGAUGUAAUGUCUAAAGACAAGAGUUACUCUGUAAGAAUUACAUCUUUUGUGAGUAUUAUCUAGCUUUUGGUUACGUCUACAAAAUCUUUUGAGCAUCCUUUAGUUUAGGAGGGUACAUAACUCUUUUGGUUCAUAUCUUUCAGUCUGCAAAGCUGAUGAAGAAAGGUAUAAGAAAGUGUUGCUGAGACCAUGGAAUAGUGGGGGUUAGGCCACUAAAUUAGUUGCAUCUUGUGAAUUCUAGAGUGAGUACAGUGUUCUACUGUAAUUUUGUCUUCAAGUUUUUUUAAUAAUUUGCGCGGGAGAACAUUCAGUUUGAUAUGUUCUAGCCCUCACGGUUUCUUGAAGGAUAAGCAUAUUGGAGAAAUGCAAGUCUUGAGAUUUCUGUUUGGUUGUUUUUCA